GUUUGUUCGCAGAUGGCACAGUCCGAGAAUAAAUUAAAAAAAAAAGGGAUAAACGACAACGAAUCGUAAAGCUCAAUUUUUUGUGCUUCGUAUGUUUCUUCCAUCCUUAAUAGUAGAUGAGUGAAAUCGAAGAAAUUGGCGUUGACGUUUGUUCAGAUAUAGAAGUUGAUUAUAUCAGAUGUCAAAAUAUAGCAGAUAAAGAUGUCAGUGAUGAAGAGAUUGAAGCAGAAGAAUUGGAGAAGCGGAUGUGGAAGGAUAAUAUCAAACUCAAAAGGAUUAAGGAAAGGCAGAAGCAUGCAGCACAGCAAGCCUCAGAGAAGCAAAAGACCAGGAAGAAUACUGAUCAAGCUGUUAGGAAGAAAAUGUCCAGAGCACAAGAUGGGAUUCUUAAAUAUAUGCUGAAGCUUAUGGAAGUCUGCAAAGUUAGAGGAUUUGUGUAUGGAAUCAUUCCUGAGAAAGGCAAGCCGGUUAGUGGUUCUUCUGAUAACCUUAGAGCUUGGUGGAAAGAGAAGGUAAAGUUAGAUAAGAAUGGACCUGCAGCCAUAGCCAAGUAUGAAGCAGACUGUCUUGCUAUUAGUGAGGUUGAUAAUAAGCAAAAGGGGAAUUCUCAUAGCAUUCUCCAAGACCUACAAGAUGCAACACUUGGGUCACUCUUAUCUGCUUUGAUGCAACAUUGUGAUCCUCCUCAGAGGAAGUAUCCAUUGGAAAAGGGUAAUCCUCCACCUUGGUGGCCAACUGGGACUGAAGAUUGGUGGCUACAAUUGAAAUUACCUUAUGGUCAGAGUCCUCCUUAUAAGAAGCCACAUGAUUUGAAGAAGAUGUGGAAAGUGGGAGUGCUAACUGCUGUAAUAAAGCACAUGUCACCUGAUAUUGCAAAAAUAAGGAGGCAUGUACGUCAGUCAAAGUGCUUGCAGGACAAGAUGACGGCAAAGGAGAGUGUUGUUUGGUUGGGGGUAUUAAAUAGAGAAGAAUCUCUCAUUAGGCAGCCUAGUAUUGAUAAUGGUACCUCUGGAAUAACUGAAAUGUUGCAUGGUGUUACAGUUGAAAAGCAAGCUGGCUCUAGUAGAGAUAGCAAUUAUGAUGUUGAUGGCGCUGAUGACGGUGUUGGUUCUGUUUCUUCUGAAGAAGAUAGGAGAAAUCAGUUGAUGGAUACUGAACCAUCAGAUAAUUUGCACAAUAAGGUUGUCCAAGAUAAAGAUCAAGCUGAGAAGCAUUGCAGGAAAAAACCACAUUUGGGGUCAAGCGCCACUGACAAUCUACCUGCUUCAUCUCUCAAUAAAACUUUACAUGUUGGGACAGGUUCUAAUUUGAGACCGGUAGAAAAAGGACUUGAGGUGCCAGCUCAAUUGCCAGUAUCUGAAUUUGACCAUUACUCUUCUUUGCAUUCAAACAAUUUAAUUCCCUCAGAAGGCAUGUAUAUGAGUGGAAGGCCAUUGCACAGUCCUGAGGUGGAAAACCCUGAUAUGCAUCAAGAAACUUCUUAUAAUAUUUACAAUUCAGUGGCAGGAUAUGUGCCUAGUCAUGAUGGACAGCAGCUGCAGUCUGGAAAUAGUGAACCAAUUAGGCCAGAGAAUGAUGCAGUACAUAUAAAAGUGGGUGAAGUUCCUGAAGGAGACCUGCAAUAUUACGGACAAGACACAUUUCAAAAUGAGCUAGAUAGACCUAUGGAUCACACUUUCUCUGGAUCACCAAUGAGUGGCAUGUCAUUAGGUUUUGGGAGACUCAGCAGUCCACCAUUCCAUUUAGAUGAUUUCUUAUGUGAUGAUGAAAUUAUCCAGUACUUUGGGGCAUAGUUUAUUGGAACUGGCAACUCAGAGCUGAGAUGGAACUACAAAUAUUCCUGCACUUCAAUCUACAAGGAAGGUUCUCACAUUUGUGUAGUAUUUAUGCAGUUUGAACCUUUGUGGUUAAAGGAGAUAGUUUUAAAAUUGACAAGUCAUCAAUUUGAAGGACAUAAUGAACAGAAACAUGAAUUUUGUUCUAUAGAUUUCUCCAUUUCCAUAUGAAUAUAUGUGAUUGGGGUUUCAUGUAAAAUGUAUCAUUUGUUGGACGGGCUAAACUAAGCAUCUAUAAUUGUUCAGGUAAAUCCCUUUGGAGUUGGAAUACCUCUAU